UUUCUGUCGCCGUUGCAAGAUGGUCGCCGAGUCGUCGCCGCUGUCGGCCGGAGCCUUCCUGCACACGCCGCAGCCGCAUCAUGACAUCCUCUUCUUUGGCACGCUCGACAAGCGACGCGACGGCGCGGUCCGUGGCGGCUGGGCGACGCGCCUCUUCCUUCUGACGUCGCAAUGGCUCGUGUACUUUCGCCUCACGUCCAAGCUCGAGAUCCUCGGCGAAGAGCGUGAGCGCGUCGACCUCAAGUCGAUCGCCAAGGUGCGCGUGGCGCCCGAGUCGGAGGUGCCAUCGGCCGCUGUCGAGGUCGCGAAAGAGUUUGUCUACCUCGAGAUUACGCUGCAGUCGCACCGCGUGCUCCUCAUGCGCGCGUCUCGGAACGAAGCCGCGGCCGUCGACACGUGGGUCGCAGCGAUCAACGAACAACGCGAGGUCCUCCUCCAGCCGACGCCCAAGCUCAUGUACUCGGGCACGGCCAAGGCGCCGACGCCCGCGCCGGUCCCGGUCCCGCCCGAGACGACGCCAUCGGACCGCUUUGACCACGCGAUCGCGCUCGUCGGCAUGGUCGACGACUACACGGAGCGCGAAGAGUUUGUUGUUGCGAAGCACGUCGCGUUCGGCCAGCGCAUCGAGCUCGGCGUCGUCAAGCAGGGCGGCGCGUGCCUCCUCAUGCUCGACGACGGCGGCGUCGCGCGCAUCGGAACGCAGGCGCUGCUGGGCAGCUGGGACGCCAACGAGACGUGCUGGGUCGAGUUUGUCGGCGCCUCGGUGCCCUGCGAGGUCGAAGUCUCGGUCUCGUGCCAGGUCGUCAAGCACACGCCACCGAUCACGCGCGCGUCGUCGGACGCGGCGCUUCUCUUGCCGUCGCCGUCGCACACGUUUCUGCGCAAGGCCUCGGACGGCGCGAGCCUCGGGUUUCUGCUCUUGGCGAUCCUCGUGCACUUUAUGUAUGGCGUCCAGGGCUUCCACUGGUCGCACAAGGCGUGUCUCACGGCCGGCGCGGCGCUCGCCAUCACGAGCCUCCUCCACAGCUCCGACACGACGUCGGCGACGCGAUUGAAGCGGGCCGCCCGGCGAACCCAGGCGUCGCUGAUUCCGAAGGUGCAGCUAACGCUCAUCGUGCACCAAUGCCGGCGCACCGCCGCGGCUUCGUAGCACAGAGAAAGCAGAUCAACGAGGACUGUAAGAUUCAUUACGUGGCUCCGU